GGAGUGAGUGUUCCGGGUCAGAAGCUGGACGGGGAGAGGAAAUUAACUCCGGGACGAGACGGAAAAAGAACGAGGCUUGUGCUGCCCGCCUCCACACGGAGAUGUAGCCGAGAGGUUAGGUCCGCCGAGGAAAGAGAGAGGGCUCUGAAAAAAGAAAAGAGAAAAGAGGCGGCGGGGGGUCGACGUGAGACGGGGGGAGAGAGAGAGAGAGAGAGAGAGAGAGAGAGAGAGAGAGAGAGAGAGAGAGAGAGGGAAAAAAAAAACAGGUGCCUACAAAAGUGACCAAAGUGAGACGACGACGGAGAGCGAGUCCCCAUGUUCGUCGCGGUCGUCGGCAGCAGCAGCAGCUGGAGUUUCGGUGUUCGUCGCUCCGCUCGCGUUUGACGGCGAAUCCAGUCCGCGACUGUCCCGUCGGAGCAAUCUGUUGCAUCCCCCCCCUCCUCCACCUCCCCCCCCCCCGCUGUUUGUUUACCGCACGGGACCGAGGCGAUCCGUCCGCAGCAUGUUUCACUGUAUCCCCCUGUGGCGGUGCAACCGUCACGUGGAGCUGAUCGAUAAGCGCCACUGCUCGCUGCUCUACGUGCCCGACGACAUCUACCGCUACGGACGGAGUUUGGAGGAGCUGCUGCUGGAUGCCAACCAACUGCGGGACUUGCCCAAGCCAUUUUUCCAGCUGGUGAAACUAAGAAAACUUGGCCUGAGUGACAACGAGAUCCAGAGACUUCCACCAGAAAUAGCCAACUUCAUGCAGCUGGUAGAACUGGACGUCUCUCGAAAUGAUAUUAUGGAAAUUCCAGAGAGCAUUUCAUACUGCAAAGCCCUCCAAGUGGCAGAUUUCAGUGGAAAUCCAUUAACAAGGUUACCUGAAAGCUUUCCAGAGCUGCGGAAUCUAACAUGCCUUUCCAUCAAUGAUAUUUCAUUGCAAGUUCUCCCAGAAAACAUUGGAAACCUUUCCAAUUUGGUAUCACUAGAACUCAGAGAAAAUCUGCUCACAUUCCUACCUGAGUCACUAUCUCUGCUUCAUAGACUUGAAGAACUCGACCUAGGAAAUAAUGAGCUAUACAGUCUGCCGGAGUCGAUAGGCUGCCUUGUCAGCUUAAAGGACUUAUGGCUGGAUGGAAACCAGUUGGCUGAAAUACCUGCGGAGAUGGGCAGUAUGAAGAGCCUGCUGUGUCUGGAUGUGUCAGAGAACAAACUGGGGAACCUCCCCGAGGAGCUGGGAGGCCUGCUGUCACUAUGUGACCUGCUGGUGUCUCAGAACUUCAUUGAUGCUUUACCUGAGAGCAUUGGAAAACUGCGGAAGCUCUCUAUCCUGAAAGCUGAUCAGAAUAAACUAACUUAUCUUCCAGAGAGCAUCGGCAACUGUGAAAGUCUCACUGAACUUGUGCUCACAGAGAACCAUCUACAGAGUUUGCCAAGGAGUAUUGGGAAAUUGAAGCUACUUUCAAACUUCAACUGUGACAGAAACCAGCUAAUGUCACUCCCCAAGGAGAUCGGUGGCUGCCGCAGUCUGAAUGUCUUCUGUGUACGAGAGAACAGACUGACGCGGAUUCCGUCAGAGCUUUCGCAAGCCACAGAACUGCACGUGUUCGAUGUCUCCGGAAAUAGGCUCAUCCACUUACCAAUGUCGCUGACCACGCUACGGCUGAAAGCCUUGUGGCUGUCAGAGAACCAGUCGCAGCCUCUCCUCACCUUCCAGACCGACGAGGAUCCUGACUCGGGUGAGAAGGUGCUGACCUGCGUGCUGCUGCCUCAGCAGCCGAGUGAACCAGACAAUAAAGGCUCUGAUAAUCUUGCCCGCUUUGGAGCCCUGGAGAGCCUGGUGAAUGACAUGGCAGACGAUACGUGGGACAACAAAGCUGUGAACCGGAUCAGUUCCAUCCACUUCCUGGAUGAUGAGGAGGAGGAGGAUGACGACAAGGGAACUCUUCUUCGGCGGGCCACGCCUCACCCUGGUGAGCUGAAGACGAUGAAGAAAGCGGCCGAGAACCUCCGCAACGACCUGAACGCUGCCAAAGGCCUGGACUCCAACAAAAAUGAGGUCAAUAACGCUGCAGAUAGAGUGACCACGUCUGUGUGACCUUUACCUCAAAUGUUUUUUACCUCCUGUCUCUCACCGUGUCGUCCUGCACAACCCCUGCAGCCCACCCCCACCCCCUAGUUUUUUUUCUUUUACCCACAAACCCCGUUGUGGCCUACCCCUCCUCUGGUUAAGCCCUGGGACGCCUGCAACCUUACUCCAUCCCCAGUCCUGUGUAAAACGUGUUUGACUCAGUCGACCAGGGCCGCUGUGCCUUCCUUCUUUCGAAUUAACGUCCACAGCAAUAAUCUGCACAGAGAUGCUCCUUUUAAAAGAUAUUUUAAAGAUUUAAUACUUUUUUUUAAAAAUGCCUCUUUUUAAAAAUUUACAUUAGGUAGUUGCACUAUUAUAAGUCUUUAUAAUAUGGUCAAAUCUUCUUAAAUGUAUUAUAUAUAUUUGUUCUAUAUCUAUUUUUAAAACACUGGGUAAAUACUUCUUUUUACAUUUUGAGCAAACAAAAGCAGGAGUUUUUGGACCUACUGAUUAAGGAUUAUUGUAUAGUCUUUUGUGAAUAUUGAUACUUUUAUACUUUUCGGCAGCUCAGAUGUAAAUAAAUAUGUAUAGUAAAUUUCUUAAUCAGUUGCAGAUUUUCAACCUUUUUCUUCUCUGUUUCAAACCUGGUACUUUUUUCUUUUCUUUUUCCUCUUUAAAUCAAAGCAAUGAACAAAACACAGUCACUAAUGUCUUAUUCAAAGCAUAUAAUUGUCAAUGGGUGAUUGGAUGGCUUUGGAUCCUCAUUUUGUUCAUCUGUAAAAUAUCAAGACCUUUAUUUUGGAUUAAUGAAUAUAUUUGGUUAAUUAAGUUUGGAAUAAAGUUAUGCGCAUCAAAGUUAAAUGACUCACCUGCAAUAUAAUUAUGCAGGAAUAACAAAUGCCAUCUUAUUUAUAUGUGCUGUGCUUCACUGCUUUGCAAUGUUUUUUCAAAUAGAUGCCAAAACCAGCUGUAUAUUUUUUUUAAAAAGUUUUCCUUGCCUUGCCUAACAGAGAGUACUGUUCAGAAUAAUCGUCACAGGUUUGGUGAGAAAGAGGUUUGUACCGCUAGGAUGACAUCCUCUCAAAAUGCAGUUGUUAGAAGUUCCACUUGAAUGCACUUCUCAGUGUUUCUCAGAUCUUACUCUUUUAUUAUGGUACAUGAUAAGUUGUAUUAUUUUGUUUUAAACUGAUUUGCAAAAAAAUUGGACCUCAGAAAUUGGUUCAAGUGAUGGUUUUUAUGUUCUUAAUUAUUUCCUGAUCAAACUGCACAAGGCGGAUCUCAAACAGGUGCUGGACCUGGAGAUCUGGAGGACUUUUUAACCACUGAUCAAUAAAAUGAGUGCAACACCAAA